UGACUUUAGUUUAGAUCAGACCACCUGACAUAAAAUAGUUUUUCCACUUCAAAUAUCGAUUUUUCUUUGCAUGCCGCUCUGAACCUUUCUACUGUAAUAAUCAAUAGUUUUAUUAUUCUCAGUAGAGGCUUGUUUUCUUGCGAUGAAACACGUAAUUGAUUGGAAAAUUUCACCUUCCAGUAAAAUGUGAAAGUCUAAGACAUGGAAGUACGAAGUGACGGCGAUAAAAUGAAAUCCCUAGGAAUCAGCAAGGUGUCUCUGCCUUUCUACGAGCCACCCCAAAGAAAAACCAGCGCGGAAAUUAUAAAUGAAGCUAGAUUAGCUAUAAGAGAAUCCCAAAUGGCCGACAAUAACUUUGCACCACCAUCCAUCAAACCACUUCAAACACAGAGGCCUUAUACACCGAGGGACAAGGAAAGGUUAUUAUUUGGGAACAAAACAAAAUCGAAUAGGCCACCCAGCUCUUUCAGUUUGCGCUACCUUCAAAAUGAAACCGAACUCCCAACAACUCCUUCUGACAGCAAUAUGAUAUUAUCACCAAAUAUGAUCACCUCAAAACCCGUCGUAUCAUCACAAAAAAUUGACAGUUUUCAACAUCAACGAUCAAACUCCCUAUCGGAAAUAAAUGACAAAAUUUUCAAUAUCGCUGUGAAGGAUUCACUUCACAAAGUGAAAUUACCUUCGUUGGAUCCUUGUAGGCCGCUGCAAAAACGAAAAAUUUUCAAAAAUACCACUUCGUUGGAUAACCUGCCAGAAGAGGCUGAAUAUCCAGAAGAACGUCAAAGGAUAGAAUCGAGGAAUGCAUUCAGUUCUCCUCAAGAACGCACUGAUUUCAACGAUUCAAUUUCGCCCUUCGGAAGACCAUCACUUCGUCAGAAAAACCUUUCGCAAUGCCUCUUGCUGGGACCUCAAAACCUCGAGAAAAUAUUCGACAACAAGCAGAUAAUUGAAAAUUCGCAAACGCUCUUUCUCAAUAAAGUUUCAGUGGAAUACAAGAAAGAUAGAACUGCUGAGGACGUGCUUGUAGAUUUGAGUGCCGAAAAUGAAAAAAAAAUCGACGAACAUAGAGUAAUAACACUGUUGAGUGAACUGUAUGAAUGCUUAGAAAAGGAGAAUAUGAUCAAUCAGAAAGUCGCAUCGAAAACAAAGAUUAGGAUUUUAAAAUGCUUGUAUACGUUCGUCGAUACGCAGAACGAGCAGAUUUUGAUAAAUAUUGCGAAAGUUAUAUUAUCGCUAAAAGUAACAGGUAAUAACCUAAGUGGAGUGUGCAAGCUAAUUUUCAAAGUUGCGAAGGAUGACAAAAAUGACAAUUUGUUCUUCCAGAAAAAUCUGUUAGAAUUGUUUCUCGAUGCUUUGGGUAGGUCAAGUCCCUUAGAUGAUGCCGAAGCUUGUGUUUACGGAUAUGGCGCCGUCAAGUUUCUAACAAUGAAUCAAAAGCUCUUGGAAAAAAUUUUGGGACUGGGAAUAUUGCAACUUAUGGUAUUGCAUAUUAAAAUAAUAAAUGUGACG